CUCUUUACGUGUAUAAAUAGAAAGUUAGAAAGGGAAACCGAGAAAAUAUUUGAUCAAAGAGACGUUCAGAAAAAGAAAGAAGGGAAAGAGAUGAUAACAAGAAACAUGAAGAAAAUGGAUUAUUAUUCUCUCGUCUUUCAUUUAUUUAUAUUGUCAAGCCUCAGUUCUUAUAUCGCAAACGCAGCAGCGUUCAAUCUCUCUACCAUCUCUUUCGACGAGGGGUACACCCCUCUCUUUGGAGAUGGCAAUCUUGUUCGCUCCCCUAACGGAAGAAGUGUUCGCUUGCUUCUCGACCGCUUCACUGGUUCGGGCUUUAUUUCGUCGAAAAUGUACGAGUAUGGAUUCUUUAGCGCUAACAUCAAGUUACCCGGAGAUUAUACAGCCGGGCUGUGUGUUGCCUUCUAUACAUCAAACCAAGAGGCGUUCGAGAAGACCCAUGAUGAAUUAGACUUUGAGUUCUUAGGAAACAUUGAAGGGAAGCCAUGGAGGUUUCAGACAAACUUGUAUGGUAAUGGAAGCACAAACCGUGGCAGAGAAGAAAGAUAUAGAUUAUGGUUUGAUCCCUCUAAAGAGUUUCAUAGGUACAGCAUCCUUUGGACCGAAAGGAAUAUCAUAUUUUUUAUUGACGACGUUCCUAUUCGAGAGGUGGUGCGCAAUGAUGAAAUGGGCAGUGAAUACCCAUCAAAGCCUAUGUCCUUAUAUGCCACGAUUUGGGACGCCUCAAAUUGGGCAACCUCGGGUGGUAAAUACAAGGUUAAUUAUAAGUACGCACCAUUUGUGUCCGAAUAUAAAGAUCUUGUUCUUGAAGGUUGCCCCAUCGAUCCCAUCCAGCAAAUUCCAUUGACUUCCAGCUGCUACGAGAGCAAUGCUAGACUGCUGGCCGCCGACUACGCCACCAUCACGCGCAAACAGCGUCAGGCUAUGCGUAGAUUUCGCCAGCGUUUUAUGUAUUAUUCGUAUUGCUAUGACACGUUAAGGUAUCCUUUGCCUCCGCCGGAAUGUGUAAUUGAUCCAGCUGAGAAGCAACGCUACAAGGACACUGGAAGAUUGAAAUUUGGUGGCAGCCAUCAAAGUCGCAAACGCCGCUCGAGGCGGAGGAGCCAAGUUCAUGUUGUUUCCAACAGAGAUGAUCUUACCAUGUGAUUACUUUUCUUUGGCACGCCUGUAAAUUAUAAUAUGGUGAUUUUUGUUUGUUUGUUUGUUUGUUUUAUUAAAUCUUUGUUCAUAUUUAGAAAUUUGUGGAUUCAAUAAUUGACUAGAUUUCAUGAUUAGUCUUA